AUGGAAUCUCCAUUUUCACCACCCAUCCUCUAUUUAACAGAUGAUGAUGAUGAUACUCAAAUUAAUCUAAAUAUGUCAUAUGGUAAUUCAUAUAAAACUACAAUAAAUGAAAAUUUACCACAUAAAAAACGAAAAAUAACAAAUAAAAAUGUUCAUAUUAAUCCAUCAACAAUUAAUUGGUCAAAACGACAACGAAAUGAUAAUCAUCAUCAUCAUCAACGACAACAACAACAACAACGUAUAACAAAAACAUUCAUUAAUCAAGAACCUGAAACAAUAAUUAUUGAUCCAGAUGAAUCUAUUCAAGAACACCAUGAAUCUCAUUCAUUUUUUGCUUUUGAUUGGACAACUGAAACACCUUCAUCUACAAGAACAUAUGUACAUCCAAUUCAAACAUUAUCUCGAACUUCAAUACAACCUUUAGCUACUGCUAUAAAUGUUACAAAACAUCAUUUAGAUCCGUCUGAUACAGUUCCAUUGAUUCCAAGAAUUCAUCAAAAUGAUAGAUAUAUACAACACGCACAAAGAAAAACAACAAAUAUUCCAAUAUCUUCAAAUUCAUCACCACCAUUACCGUUACCAUUACCUACAUCAACAUCAGCAUUUACUCGACCUUCUGCACAACGUGUUCAAUCAGGAAAAAUCCUUCGAGUUCCUUAUUCACAUUCUGUUAAUAUACCAUCACAACCUGUAAUAGUUACUCAUCGAGCUGAUCCUCUAUUCUCACCAGCAUUUCAUACACAAUCUUCUGCUCCAAUAUUAGCAACAACAACAACAACAUCAACAUCCACAUCAGAAAUUCGUCGUCAAGCACUUAAUGGUAAUGGUACUUUAUCAGCAUUUUUUGAUUCAAAAUGUUAUCAAUGUAAUAUCUGUAAAUUUAAAACCGUUACAAGUUCAAUACUUCUUCAACAUCUUUUUACUCAUAUAUUUUUUUGUCAUCAAUGUUCAUUUUAUACAUAUUCACAUCAUAAUUUAUAUCAACAUAUAUUUGAAAAACAUCAUUCAAAUUUUAAUGAUGAUAAUUUUGAUCCAAAAAAAUUAGAUUUACUCUAUGUUACACGUUGUCAAGAUGGAACAUUUGCUUUAUGUAUGGAUUCAUCACAACCAAAAAGAACAACUCCAAUAAUAUCAUCAACAAUAACACAUACUGAUGAACAACUUAAUAAUUCAUCAAUAAUAAAUAAUAAUCAAAAACCUAAACGUAAACCUCCAAAGAAAAAAACUCCUAUUCAAUCAAAAACUGAAGAUAGUGAUAUUGUACUUUUAUCAGAAAAACAUGAUACUAAGUCUCAACCAUCGUCAUCAUCAUCAUCAUCAUCAGUAACAAAGCAUUCCACAGUUACAGAAAAACAAACACAUACAUAUGUUUUAAUGAAACAUCGUCGUUGUUUUUCAAAUAAAAAUCCAUUAUGUUUACAUUCAUUAACAAUAGAAUAUAGUAUAUGUCGAGAGCAUACUAUUAGACGUAUGUGUAAAACACAAGGAAUAUUAAAAAGACGAAAAUUUCAACCGAAAAGCAAAAUAUUCAGAUUGGUUGAAGAAGUAACAAAAUGUUUGAAAACAAUUGUUAAUGAUGUUGUGGAUAUGGAAGAAAACAGAGAUUCAAAUAGUCUUCUAUGUUUACUACCAAAUAAUAUUAUCAAUUUAAUAUUUCCAACUGAUGAUCUUAAUAUAUUAAUGAAUUCAUUAAAAUUAAAUAAUAAAUAUGAUAAAACAAUUGCACAAAAUGAACAAAAUGCUUCUGAAUAUUUCGUACGUACAAAUAAUCAACAUAUUUUUAUUUUAUCAUCAUCAGAAACACAAAAAAAUGAACAAAAAAUUAUAACUUCAUUACAUACAUCAAUAACAAAUGCAGAUUCAAGUUUUAUACAAACAACACUUAAUAAAUUACCAAUAUCAUAUGAUAAUACACAUCGAUUUUUAAAAGGAACUAUUAAACCUCUGCCACGAACAACUGAUACGACUGCAAAUCCAUUAAAAAAGAAUAACAUAAUUUCAUCAUCCAUUCCAUUAGGAAAUCCUGAACCAAUUCAUUGUAUUGUAACUAGAUCAUUACAACAUAUCAAUUCUUCAUCAUCAUCAUCAUCAUCAACAAUUGAUAGAAAUAAUAAUUCAUUAACAUCAUCAAAAUCAAAAGUAUCUUCAACACCGAGUGUUAUUAUUCUUGACUAA